UCCGCGUUUUGCUUAUCCGACCCGUUUUCUUUUCGCCUCUAGGGUUUACAUUACGAGUCGCCUCCCUCGCAGGUUUUGUUUUCUGCCGCCGUCUCUUCGUGUGUCUAUCUAAGAACUAGCGCAGAAAUCGUUGGGGAAAAAUGAGUAAGUUGCAAAGUGAUGUUCUGAGGGAAGCCAUCUCUCAGCUUGCCAAUGACAGUCGUGAAAAGAAGCGCAAAUUCGUUGAAACUAUUGAGCUGCAGAUCGGACUGAAGAACUAUGAUCCCCAAAAGGACAAGCGCUUCAGCGGUUCUGUGAAGCUGCCUCACAUCCCUCGGCCAAAGAUGAAAGUUUGCAUGCUUGGUGAUGCCCAGCAUGUUGAGGAGGCUGAGAAGAUAGGGCUGGAUUGGAUGGAUGUUGAAGGUCUGAAGAAAAUGAAUAAGAACAAGAAGCUUGUGAAGAAGCUUGCUAAGAAGUAUCAUGCUUUCCUGGCAUCUGAGGCUAUAAUUAAGCAAAUUCCUCGGCUUCUUGGACCUGGCCUUAAUAAAGCAGGGAAGUUUCCGACCCUUGUUACUCAUCAGGAGUCUUUGGAAUCAAAAGUAAAUGAAACCAAAGCGAUGGUUAAGUUUCAACUCAAGAAGGUUCUCUGUAUGGGCGUUGCUGUGGGCAACUGCGGAAUGGAGGAGAAACAGAUCUUUCAGAACGUUCAGCUCAGUGUGAAUUUCCUAGUUUCUCUUCUGAAGAAAAAUUGGCAAAAUGUGAGGUGCUUAUAUUUGAAGAGCACAAUGGGGAAGCCUUACAGAGUCUUCUAAACUCCCACAACCUUUAAAAGACUGAAUUUGCCGAUAGACAAAUUGAGCGGAUUCCAGCGGGUUUUGCAGUCUAAAUCUUAUUUAUUACUGUUCUAGUUUUGUUUCCUGUGCUUUGUAGUGCAUGAAAUUGCUUUAUUUUCCUGUAAUCAUCAAAGAUUUUGGAUUGGAUUCUGCCUUGUGUUGGCUUUUGUUGUAUGGAUUUAAAUCUGUUUGCUUUCUAUUUAAUUGCUACUCAUUCAGCUUGGUAGUUUA